AUGACAAACGCGCACGAGAGAGAGUUGCGCCAACCUCCGGGAAGGAUCGAAGAAAAUCGGUUCCGUAUGGCGCAUCCCUUUGAGAGCUUCCCUGUCUGUGAGGGGAGAGAAAAUCUAUCUACGGGCCUAUUCGUAACACACUCGUCGGGCGGAAAAGACGUGAAAAUACGGUCGAUCGUCAUGUGUCGUGAAAAGUGAUCGAGCAAAUUUGUCCAAUUUUGGGAUUUUGAGUUCGCGAAUACAGGGCAAUUGCAGUCGAUCAACCAUUACGUCAUAAUCAUGUGCACAAAGAAUCUGGCGUGUCCGCUGUGCUGUCAGUCUAUCUUUCCGAAUAUCGACGCCCUACGGUUGAGUCUGCUGAAAGUUACCUCGCGGCCAAUAAAAUGUCCGAUUUGCGCUGACGAGCUGCUCGGAUUGGAUAAGCUGACCAUCCACCUCUUCGGACACUCGAUUCUGGGAAAGGAUGGAGAAAACACUGGUAAAGUGGAUAAGAAGAAGGGUGAAACAAGCGCGCUGAAGAACGUCCGUAAAACCAAUCAGGAGUGUUCUCCAAAAAGCAAUGGGCAGCAGCAGAAUGUCUCACGAAGCCAGCAAAAGCAGACAACGCAAAUAAACCAUACCAAAGUCAGGUGCAGCCUUUGUGGAGACGAGUUUCGCGAUGAGAGUUUGCUUAGAAUGCAUUCCUGUGUGUCACACGGAUUCCCGAACGGAGCUAAUGGAAGUACCGAAGAGCUUCGUUUCCCGUGUAACAUGUGCACGAAGUCUUUCAAGAUGAAAGGUUCCCUCAAGAUUCAUAUGAGGGUCGUGCAUCUAGGUUGUCCAAAGAAGAGCCCGUCCAAUACUAGCUGUACGAGUAGUAGUUCGAGUACGACAGUCACUACCACCACUACGGUACCUGUUCGCCAUAACAACACCGUAGUUCAGUGCAAUCAACCCCUUCAUAGUUCUAUUGCACCUCCACCACCACUGCAGCCCAUUCAACUUCAACCGUCGAUGAUUCAGCAGCGAUCUACACCCCCUUCUCCUUUGCAGUCAGCAACAUCGCUCACUAUAACCACUCCAAACAGUAGCGAGCCACAGAUCAUCAAGAUCCUGGAUCCACGACAGUUGACCGAAUACGUCUACGUAACGAGUCAACCUCAGCAUCAACGAUUUCAACCUCAACAAGCGCCUCCACCGCUACUGCAACAGCAACAAGUUGUCGAACGUGCUGUCGCCAACAAUACUCCACCUAGUGCACCUCUAUCGCAACCAACUACCCCUAAUCCUAAUCCUAGUAUUGUUACAUGUGGAGAGGGUAGCAAUAGCUCCGAGUCUUAUCCUUCGCAAUCGUCCCAACCGUCUACUCCACAAUCUAUGCUCAAUUCCUUCCCACGAGACAAACAAUGGGAGUGCGACGUUUGCUUGAAAAGCUUCACCACAAAAUACUUCCUCAAGAAGCAUAAACGGCUUCACACAGGUGAAAUGCCGUACUCGUGUCAGAUUUGCGGCAAAGCAUUUACGUUCCAGCAGUCGUACCACAAACAUCUGCUGUACCACAGUGACGAAAAGCCGCACUCGUGCGGGGUCUGCGGGCGGGCCUUCAAGGAACUUUCCACGCUGCACAACCACGAGCGGAUCCACAGCGGGGAGAAGCCGUUUUCGUGCGAAACUUGCGGCAAAUGCUUCCGACAGCGGGUGUCCUACUUGGUUCACAGACGAAUCCACACCAACACCCAGCCGUACAAAUGCACAGCAUGCAACAAAAGCUUCCGUUACAAGGUGUCCCAGCGGACGCACAAAUGCCCAGCCCAGCCGCCAGGAAUGGUGGUCCGCCAGCCAGGCGACCUUCUACAGAAGCUACUCCAAUCUUCGGCGAUUCUUCCAACGCUGGCCGAAGGAUCUCCGAUUCCCGUACUCACCCCUUCACCAGCGCCACCACCUUCGCUGGAAACCCCCGAUCAUCAACAGCAGCUGCAGCAGCAGCAGCAACAAGAGCUAGAUAGUGACGACCUGAAUGAACUCAAAUCCGAGGACGACAUCAAUCGAACCUUGGACGAACUGCUGAACGAGUCCUAUGAUAAGAUGGGUAUUGGGGAACAGCACACUAGCUAUCAAGAGGAUCACCAUGAUGUUCAUCAUCAGCAACAGAAUCCGUUCGAAUCGAUCGGCCAUCAUCAGCAAAACCCACUCGAUAUGACGGCAGGGACCAGCAGCUCUACUGAUGCUGGAAUGAUCGAACCGCGGAUCGAGAACUUGUGCCUAAUGUCUCCCCAUUUCGAUAGUGAGGAAAUGGAUGUAAUCGACUCUAUCAAGCUGGACUUGUUGUAUAAUUAAGGUGGAA